AUGUUGCAGAUUCUUAAUUCUUACCCAAAAUGCUUAGUCUUAGGGGAUUUCAAUCAACUUGAAUUCUUUUCAGAUAAAUUAGGUGGGUCUAGUACAAUACAAGGAUGGGAUGACUUUGUUAAUUGGAGAAUUAGUAGUCAACUAUUGGAUAUUCCUUAUUCGGGUCCUAAGUUUACUUGGACUAACAAGAGAGAAGAGCCUCAUCUAAUUUUGGAGCGGUUAGAUAGAGGGUAUAUGACAAAUGAUUGGUUUAUGUCCUUCCCCGAUACUAAAAUUUCAAAUCAACCUUUCAUUGCAUCCGACCAUGCAGCAAUUGUCCUUGAUACUGAAGGAAUACCUACUCGGAAAAAUAGACCCUACCAAAUAGAGAAUUGGUGCCUGGAAUUCACAGAAAUUUGUGAUCUUAUUGAUCGUACUUGGAGAAUACCAUGUCAAGGUUCACCGAUGUUUACUUUGUCGAGGAAACUAGUUCUCCUUAGAUUGAAAAUUCGAGGAUGGUGUCUGAGGAAUAAGAAAUUGUGGGGAGUCAAUUGGAGGGAGCUAAAUGACAAUCUCUCGACAACAGGUUUAAUGGUGAAAACUAUAACUCAAGGGGGUACUUACAUAGAAAAGGUUGAUGAAGCGUAUUCUACUGCAGCUAUUAAAGUGAAAUUCUGGAAACAAAGAAUAAAAGAGAGAUGGGUAAAGGAAGGUGAUCUUCCUACUAAACUCUUAUACUCAAGAGUUAAGGCAAGACAGAAGAAAAAUGAAGUCCUCACCUUAAAAAAUCAUGCGGGGCAGUGGACUGAAGGCCAAGACCAAGUACAGGAUCUCGUGGUUCAAUCACUAAAGCAAGUCUUUAUUUCAGAUCAAGAUCUUCCUCCUGAUGAUGAACUUGACAUGGUUUUAAGGGAGUUGGAUUUGCCUCAAAUUUCACAAGGGAACGUUUCUAUGCUUGAGAGACCAUUUUCAUAUACCGAUAUUAAAACGGCUAUGUUUGCAAUGGAUAGUUCUAAAUAUCCAGGGCCGGAUGGAUAUACAACGGGGUUUUUUAAGCUUCAUUGGGAGAAGGUAGGGAAGUCAGUUUGUGAUGCAGUGAACAGCUUCUUGACAACGGGAUUUCUCUUAAAAGAAUGGAAUCAUUCGCUACUAGUUAUGAUUCCAAAAUGUGAAAUGCCGGAGGAGGUAGGACAUCUUAGGCCCAUAAGUCUUUGCAAUACUAUUUACAAGUGCGCCUCUAAAUGUCUAGUAUUGAGAAUGAAAUUAGUGCUUCCAGCCAUCAUUUCUCCAUCACAACAUGCCUUCAUUUCUGGAAGAUUUAUGACGGAUAAUGUUCUCCUUAGUCAUGAGCUCAUUGACAAGAUUAAUCAUAGGAAGAGAGGAAAGGGUUACUUGGCCCCGGUUAAAAUGGACAUGAGUAAAGCCUAUGACCGUGUUUAUUGGAUUUUUCUCCUCAAAGUUCUUCGGGCUUAUGGGUUUCCUAAUCAUUGGAUUCAUCUAAUACAUCAGUGUAUUUCUACCGUGUCAUAUAAGGUCCUUAUCAAUGGAUGUACUUCAGAUCAGUUUCGGCCAAAGUGUGGCAUUCGACAAGAAGAUCCAUUGUCCCCUUUCCUGUUCCUCUUUUGCAUGGAGAUGUUUUCUCGAAUGCUGCAGAUGGGAAGUGACCUUUUUUCCUUCCAAGGGAUCAACAUCACAAGGGGAAGUCCAAAAAUUUCACACAUAUUCUUUGCAGAUGAUGCGCUCCUAUUUUUCAAGGCAGAUAGGGGAAGCUGCUCCAAUAUCACCAACAUCGUUAAUAGAUUCUGCAGGAUUUCGGGACAACAAUUGAAUUUACAAAAGUCUCAUUUUAAACUUAGUCCUAAUACACCUGAGCUGGAGCAACAAGGUUUUCGAAGUAUUUUGAACAUGCAGAUGGUUCAAAACUUUGGACCGCAUUUAGGAGUUCCUAUUGAUCUUACGGGGAAAAGGCAUACAAACUUUCAAUCUAUUGUUGAUAAGGUGGUGGCGAAGGUAAGUUCUUGGAAUUCAGUUUGUCUAUCCCAAACCCAGAAACUAAUCCUUAUCAAUUUUGUCCUGGUUGCAAUGGCUUCCCAUGUCCUUAGUUGUAUGGAAAUACCUUUGUCUAUUUCUUAUAAAAUAGAUUCGAUUUUAGCAAGGUUUUUCUGGGCCAAAGGUCCGAAUACGGGUAUGCAUUGGGUUAAUAGAAAAAUUAUCCAACUACCGAAGGGAUUGGAAGGUUUAGGAGUGCGGAAUAUGGCUACCUUGAAUAAAUCCCUUUUAAUGAGGCAAGCAUGGUGUGUCAUCAAAAACCCACAAUCGUUGUUGGGUAAGGCUUUUUUUAGGAAAUUUCCGUCUUCCCUAAAAGGGGUUCCUUCAACUAUAAGUGGGAACAGGUUUUCUUGGGGUAUGAGGGGAAUAGGUAGAGCAACAAACCUUCUUUUACAAGGAUGCGACUGGAAAAUUGGUAAUGGAAAAACUGUUGUAGCAGGAAGGGACAGAUGGGUGAAGGAUAGAGUUCCCGUUUUUAAAUCGAGUGUUACCCUUCAGAAUGCUAGGAAUUGGAAAGUUAAUCAUUUUAUCCUUCCUAAUGGGCCUGGAUGGGAUUUGGAUAGGGUUAACUCGUGUUUUGAGUUUGAUGAUGCUCGUCAGAUUGUAGAAAUGGAACUUCCUGCAGGUGAUUCCGCUGAUUUCCUCUAUUGGAGAUUUCAUAAAUCAGGGAAGUUUACGGUUAAAACGGCCUAUGCAAUGUUAGCAAUGGAGGAUUAUGGUCAAAACCCGUACCAUCCACACCAAGAUUUCUUUAAGAUCCUUUGGGCUCUGAAGAUUCUACCAAAAUGGAAGCUUUUUCUAUGGAAACUACUCCAUAAUAGCAUAGCUACAAAAGUGAAUUUGGGAAGGCGAGGAACUCAAUUGGAGGUUACUUGCGACUAUUGUCAGAAUGGUAAUGAGGAUUCACAACAUUUAUUCAGGUUCUGUGAUCUAGCAAGACAAGUUUGGAGGAGUGGGUUACUUACUAUCCACUCAGAACACAAUGAGGAUCAAUCUUUCAUAGAUUGGUUUCUCUACUAUAUCCGGCUCUUUCAAUGCCAGGAUGGGAAAAACAGCCAAAGAACUGUUUACUUUAUUACAACUAUGUGGGCGUUAUGGAUCUCAAGGAAUAAUCGAGUUUUCAAGAGCACUCAGGCGGGGGUGUCUGGUGUCCUCAGCAUCAUAACAGAAGGACUGAAACAACAAGGAAUUUUGUGUACUCAUACUUCUUCCUUGAGGUUUCUCCAUCCACCAGAAAGGGAUCCUAUUUACCCUCCAGGUUUUUUCAGGAAAAUAAUUGCGGAUUCAGGUAUGGUAGGGUCAAUAUCUGUCAUACAAGUGGAUGGUUCUUGGCAUAAGAAUAGUCGAAUAGCAGGAAUGAGUUGGUAUUGGGAAUGUGAUAAUCUUACUGUGGAUGGUAUCUUAGGAGGAGCAUGUGUUGGCACUGCUGAAUCCGCUUUGCACACUGAAGUUGUUGCAUGUCUUAUGGCUCUCCGUUGGUGUGUACAAGCUACUCUCGAAAACGUUACUAUUCUCAUAAAUUCUCAAAGAUUGGUGGAAAUGCUCCAGAUCGGCGCUUCAAUCGAUGUUCACUUACUUUGGACAGUGGAAGAAAUACUACGUUUGGGUACUACAUUCAACUGGUGUAGCAUUCAAAAAGUGGAUCGUCAUCAAGUGCAAAAGGCACACGAACUCGCAACAGGGGUGGCUUCUACUUCUUUAUCGUUUUGUAAUUUUCCUUGA